AUGAUNACCUUUCUUCAAUAUAUAUGCGGAGUUGAUUCAAGAGGCUUUAUUUUUGGCAGUAUUUUAGCAGUUUUUUUAAGAGUUCCUUUUAUUCCAAUCCGAAAGAAAGGGAAGCUUCCUGGACCAGUUGAUUCAAUAACCUAUGAAUUGGAAUAUGGGCAGGAUACUCUUGAAAUUCAAACAAACAUCAUUAAAGAAGGAGGUCGAGUAUUAAUAGUAGAUGAUUUACUCGCAACUGGUGGUACAUUGUGGGCAGCUGCUAUGUUAAUAUCCAAUUUAAAGGCUGAAGUAGUGGAGUGUCUUACAAUUAUUGAACUGUUAGAUCUAAAAGGUCGGAAUAAAAUUCCGUUUCCCGUAUAUUCUCUCAUACAGUUUUGAAAUAUUAAUGUGACACUUAUACAACUAUAACAAUUUUUAUAUUAUUCCUCAUUUGAAAAGCGGCUUCAUAUACAACUGAUUGACUAAUAAUACUAAUAUUUUUUACAUUCCAUUUAAUUUUAAUUAUAAUAGAAACUAUUUUUAUGCAAUUUAUUGUUAAUUAACUUAAAAUUUUCAAACCUUUUCUUGUACAGAAAUUGUCUGUGAUAAAAAACAUGUUUUACCAGUGAUUCACUCAAAUAAAAUGUACUAUAGAAAA